AUGGAAUUCAUUACCGAGACAAGAUACGAAGUAAAGAAGAUGGCGAACGAUUUGAGGAGAACGGAAGAAUAUAUGUUAACUAUUUUAGAUAAGCGUAAAGGUGAAAUGGACCAGAUGGUCGACAAACUUGAAAAAGGAAUGAUGAAUAUCACAGAUAGAGUUCAAAAAACGUUUGGUUACAAGACUGUAGCUUUCAGUGCUUAUAAUCCAUUCGACAAGAGUUUACAAACAAACGAAAUCCUAAUUCUUCAGUCGGUACUCAUUAACGAAGGGCAAGGAUAUGAUACUAAAAGUGGAAUAUUUACGGCUCCAACUAAUGGUCUGUAUCAUUUCACCGCUCAUGUUUGCAACACACACGCACUAGUCAUUCACUACGCUAUUGUGAAAGAUGGUGAUUGGAUAGCAAGAUCACAACAAUUUGAACAAGCCGAUGAAAAUUCACACAAAUACGCCGGCUGCAGUUCUGUUAGCGCCCUUACAAGGAUGGCAUCGGGCGAUCAAGUUUGGAUAAUGUGUACUGCUGGAUAUGGCUCAGCAGCAUUUGUUCAGAUUCACGAUGACAGCCAUCUUCGAAAUUCGUUUAUUGGUGUUCUCCUUCAUACAUAA